AUGCUAGGAUUUUUCUUAAACUUUUACAUAGUUUCAGAUUCGGUAACCUAUUAUAUUUUUUUGAAUCCUCUUUUUAUUAUAGGGUUAUAUACAGAAGCAUAUUAUACAAGAUAUAAUGAUAAUGAAAUCUUACAAUCAUGGAAAGAAACUAUAAAGAGAAGAAAAGAAGGUAGAUAUAAGGAGAAAGAGUUACAUAAGAUUAGAAUGAUGAAGAGACUGGAUGAAAAGAUGAGCUAUUAUGAAUAACAUAAGAUGUUGAUUGGUUAACUAGGAAGAGUAGAACACAACAUAUUAGACACUAAGAGAAUAAGGAAGAUACGCAGUUAUGGACUACUAAUGGAGAUACCACAAUGUUAAAUUCUAAGCACAUAAGAUAGAAUGUAUGAAAAGGGAUCAUCUUAAGAUUCAUGGGAUAGAGAAGUGCCUAAGAGAGGCAAAAUUGAUGAAGUCGUUUAAUAAGAUUAACAAUAAAUCUUCGCCAUGGUAUGA